UUUAACUUGCUCUCAAAUAUCAGUACUCAAAGGAUUUGUUGUCUAAUUAUGACCAGAACUUUGCACCCUUACUCAUACAGGAAUUAGUUUUAUGGAAAUUCAAUACUUACAGAAACACACCUGUACACAAGCAUCUUUAGCCGACAUCGUGCAAUAACUGUGGAAAAAUGUGAUUAAGUCGGUGCAAUGCAAUGGAAUUACAAUCGCAUAAAUUUACUUAAAGUAGAAUUUCACAUGGUUUUAUCAGUGUUCAUCUUGGUCAACACCAGUCCCACUGAGGACGACUGGAUUCGGAGAUGCGACAAGUUUUACGAUGUCAGCGUAGAUUACUUUGCACAAUGUUCGAAUGGGAAGAUAAUUUGCAGUUGUAUUUGCCCCAGCAAAGAAACAAAAUACAGUCCCACGUGCUGUCCUGAAUUUCCAGAAACACCUCCAACCCUUGUGAAUAUUUUACCCGAAGUGGAAAAAACUGCAUCCCCUCCUCCCCCUGGAAAUUGCACGCUUUACCGAAUGUUCAACUGUUACAAUGCAACUCGACAUUGCACCGAUGAGGGUGUCAUCCUUAAAUCCAACGAGAGGCAAACAUUCCAAUUCGAAAAUGGAAUCAGAUCCAUAUCAAUCCCUUCCAAUUGUCAUGUAACGAGACGCAUAACAGACUCGAUGUGUCCAGAUACUCCUCCACGUGAGGAAAUUACAAUGUCCGGAAAUGUCAAUAAUGUUUUAACAAUAAAUGAGGAAAGUUAUGAAUGUCAGUGCUCAAAAGAUGAACCGACGUCCACGACCACGGUUAUUCCUUAUCCGGAAGCAGAAGAUAAUUUUACAUUUGGACUAAUCACUGGAAUUAUUAUCAUUUCUAUACUUUCUGUCUUGGCCUUGUUUACUGUCUUGUUCGGGGGUUAUCUAGAAAUUUUGGGCAACGCUGCAAAAAAUGACUCCCUACUUUCCUCCAGCAACAUUAGUGAUGACUUUACGGAGGAAAACGUUUCUCAAAACUGUGUCCAACAAGGAACAAAUUAUGUCAACGAAGUUAAAAAUCACGCGACAAGUAAAUAUCUAAAUACCCACCUCGAUUUGAUUCGGUGUAAAUUCUCCCCCGCAAGUUUUCCCCCGUAAGUUCUCCUCCGGAAAUUCUCCCCCAUACAAGUUCUCCUCCAUACAAGUUUUCCCCCAUACAAUUCUCCUCCAUACAAAUUCUCCUCCAUGAAAGUUUUUCCCAAUCCUCAAUUUUCAAUUUUAUGUUUCGGGUAUGCUUAGCCCAUGAAAUUGUAUUACUGUUCUUACUAUUGACUUGAAUUUUAAAAUUAUUUUUAUCUGUGUUUUACGAUAUGAUGUCCUGUUUUAAUUGAUAUUUUAUUGUUUUUUGUUUAAUUUUUGAGUAGAAUUGUAAAACUAUUUUAAAUCGUGUUUUAUAAAUUACGUCUCCGUUUUGAAUGUAAUCUUAACUUAAGAAGUGAUGGUAGAGCGUAGUUUUUGAACCGGUCAACAUAAAAUUAAAAUGCAAGUUGCAGUUUGUGCAUACA